AUGGGCCUUGCGACGGAUCUGGAGACCUGCUCAGGUGGGAAGCCUGCCUGCCAUCCGAAGGCCAUCCCUGCCGCUCACCUCACUUUUGUUAUCGACUGUGCUCGUGGCAAACAGCUCUCCCUGGUGGAACCCCCGGUGCCCCCCCGAGCCUCCGGUCCUCAUCUAGGACCUGUCACUCCUCCAAUGAAGACCUAUAUCUUGUUCUGUGGCGAAAACCCGCCCCACCUGACUCAGGAGGCCCCUGUGGGUGGGGGACUCCUGGCCCACCCCGGGGGGGCCCUGCCAGCCCGCAGAGGGACGGUGGCCCCAGCUUCCUCCCUAGUCAGUCCACAGGUCCCCCAGGAGGCUCCUGAAGCCAAGGGGAAUCCCCUGAAGGCUGUGACCUCAAGGUCUUCAGCUUGGGGCACAGUCAUCGGCUCGCUCAAAGCCCUCUCCUCCUGUGUCUGCGGGCAGGCAGAGUAA